AUGGUUGCGGUGGAGCAAACACCCAUCGUUUCGAUAACAACGUUGACCUCCAACGAUGCCGCACAAGCACGUCUGAGCUUACAGAGUAGUCUCACGUCCGACCUACAAUCAGAUGCCAGCCCGGUCAAGGCAGAACCUGGUGAAUGCAACAUCUCCGACAAGCAGCCUCAGGAAAAGUGUGAGCCCUCAGGACAAGAGGACCAAGAUGAAGCCAAUGGACUUCACAUCACGAGCCUGUUCGCAGCCCUGCCAGUCUAUGGACCACCAACAGCCGCCAGAAAGGUUCAAUAUCUACUCUUCAGGAGCAUUUCGUCAAUCCUCAGCCUGCUCUUCCUCCUCAGCAUUGUCCUGGCGUCAAUGAUUACCAGCAUCCCCGCCAUCAUUCACAAAGCAUUCUUCACAUGUACACUCCGCAAUUACGAUGAGAGCCGCCUCUUUUACGAAGAAGAGCGGCGCCGCGCCGACACACGACGAGCCAAGGAGCGGUCCUGGAAGCGGCGCAUGUCCUGCGGCAGCGACCCCGUCGACCAAGAAGACCUCGCCCAGCGCUAUCAGCCCACCGAAGGCGGCCAGGAUCUCAUUGUCAACGACGUGUCAUACUAUGCGCGCAGAGUAGGCCUCGACGUCGAGAAAAUCAAGGUCAAGACGGAAGACGGGUUCCUCAUCGAUCUCUGGCACGUGUACGACCCGUCAGAGUACACGAGCGCCGAGGAAUCGGCCCCCAAGCGCCGCCGCAUCUUUCAGGAAUCCAAGAUGCGGCGUAGGAACCCUGAAGCCAAGCGCAAGGCGCCAGUCUUGCUGCUCCACGGCUUGCUACAGAGCUCUGGCGCCUACUGCUGCGGCGACGACGAGUCCAUGGCCUUUUGGCUGUGUAAAGCAGGGUACGACGUGUGGCUGGGCAACAACCGCUGCGGCCUCGAGCCCCGGCACGAGGUGCUGCGCGCCAGCGACCCGCGCAUGUGGUGCUGGAACCUGACACACAUGGGCGUUUUCGACCUCUCGGCGCUCAUCGACCGCGUGCUCGCCGACACGGGCUUUUCGAAGCUAGGUCUGGUCUGCCACUCGCAAGGCACCGCGCAAACGUUUGUCGCCCUAGCAAAGGAGCAGCGGCCGGAGCUGGGCGACAAAAUUUCUGUGUUUUGCGCGCUGGCCCCCGCCGUAUACGCCGGGCCGCUGAUCAAGAAUACCUAUUUCCGGUUCGUGCGGCUGCUGUCGCCAACCAUGUUCCGGUGCGUGUUUGGCAUACACGGCUUCAUCCCGUUUAUGAUGCAGAUGCAUGGGCUGGUGCCACCCCGGCUCUACGGCUGGCUGGGAUACAAGGUGUUUUCGUACUUGUUUGGGUGGACGGACGGGCGAUGGGACCGAGGCCUGCGCGACCGGUUCUUCCAGUUCGCGCCCGUCCACGUGAGCGCCGAGACGAUGCGUUGGUGGCUCGGCGGCGACGGCUUCGCCAAGCACAAGUGCGUGCUGGCCACCAGGGAGACGGUGCGCGGCGAAGACAAGCUUGACCAGCAAGAUGCGCACGGCGACGCGCAAGGCACCCUCAGAGUCCAGACGAAAGAGGACAUGGAGCUCCGGCGGCUGUACGGCCGCGGCGCCACGGCCUGGUACGACGAAAGGGUGCCGCCCAUGGCGCUAUGGGUCUGCGAAAAGGACGAGCUUGUCGACGGGCGAAAAUUGCUGCGCCGCUUCAGCAACGGCCGGGAGCCUCAUGUCAAGCUCGUCCACAGCAAAGUGGUGGACGGAUACGAGCAUCUGGACGUCUUGUGGGCCAUGGAUGCCGUGGACCAAGUCUUUGUCGAAGUACGCGAGGUCCUGUGGAAGACGUGGACGAGCAGAGAAGAGUGCAUUGUUCCGGUUGGCUGUGGGGGGGUAGCUGAGUGGCAGCCGGCGGUCGCGCAACGGACGACACAACAACAUAUAUCCAAGGCCUGA